UGUUUAUAGUGACAGUAUUACAUUGUUCUACGAAUAACAAAGUUGGAAAAUGUCUUCAAGAGAUCCUGCUUCCAACCAACUUCAAAAUUGGUAUGAGGAAAAUAAGAAUGAAAGGAAGUAUGUAACUAACAGCUCCGGAAUUCAGUUGGUUCAAAAGGACUCUAGUCUCACCGUGGGAAAACUUGGACCGAUUGUUCUAAGCGAUUACAACUUGACACAACAGCUUGGGCACUUCAACAGAGAACGGAUUCCAGAAAGGGUGGUUCAUGCAAAAGGAGCUGGAGCUUUCGGUUAUUUCCAGGUGACACAUGACAUUUCUCAUUUAACCGUAUCGACAGUAUUCGAAUCAGUUGGGAAAAAAACACCAAUUGCUGUACGGUUCUCCCAAGUUGCGGGAAAUCUAGGAUCUGCAGAUACCGUCAGAGAUCCAAGAGGUUUCGCCCUCAAGUUCUACACAGAAGAAGGUGUGUGGGAUCUGGUCGGAAACAAUACUCCAAUUUUCUUCAUACGAGAUCCGAUACUCUUCCCAAUGUUUGUCCAUACUCAGAAAAGGAACCCGGUGACCAAUAUCCGUGAUUGGGAUAUGUUCUGGGACUUCAUCAGCCUCAGACCCGAAACUCUCCACCAAGUUAUGUUUUUGUUUUCCGACAGAGGUAUACCGGACGGACACCGACACCAACAUGGGUAUGGGUCACACACCUUUUCCCUAAUAGGAAAAAACAGGACACUGACAUGGGUCAAAUUCAUUUACAAAACUGAUCAAGAAAAUAUCCAUCAUGGACAUUUUAUAUUCAAACUAUGACUCCCGAGCAAGCUAAAGCCCAGGACUUCAAUCCAUUUGACAUAACAAAAGUUUGGCCACAUGUGAAAUUUCCACUUAUACCAGUCGGGAAAAUUAUCCUCAAUAAAAAUCCAUCCAACUAUUUUGCUGACGUGGAACAAAUUGGUUUUAAUCCAAGUAACCUCACCCCCGGUAUAGGGGCGUCUCCUGACAGACUACUGCAAGGUAGACUACACGCAUAUCAGGAUGCACAUAUAUAUCGUUUGGGAGUUAACUUCGAACAGUUACCAGUUAACAAUUCACUAGCUGAAAUCGCUAAUUUUCAACGUGAUGGAUUUGAUGCCAUUAAAAAUCAAAACGGAGCACCAAACUAUCAUCCCAACAGUUUUGGCGGUCCAGAACCCUUACCCAAUGCAAAAUAUUGGACCCCUCCUCCAGAAUCAGUAACCGGAAACGUGGACUAUUUUGAUUUGGGAGACGAUGACAAUUACACCCAAGCUGGAGACUUUUAUAGAAAAGUUUUGAACGACCAAGCUAAGGAAAGAUUGGUGCAAAACUUGGCGGGAAAAAUAAAGUUAGCCCAAAGAAGGAUACUCGAUAGAACCGUGGAAGAAUUCACUAAAGUUGAUGAAAACCUCGGACAGAGAAUAAUGAAAGCCAUAAAAUUAGAAAAAGGACGUGAAGCAGUUGUUGAAUUGUGAUUCAACUAACAACUAUUGAAUUUCUUAUUCCCACAAUUUUCUUAUUUUGUUAUUCACACACAUUUUAACAAAUUGAUAAUUGGAUGGAAUUUGGACUUGUCAAUUAUUCUGUCGCCAGAUUCUUUAACGUUUCUACUUACCGUGCGUUAAACUGAUAUUAACUUUGUAUUAGUAUUAAACUGAUAUAUGGGAGCAGACAUUAUCUCACUAAGAAGGUAAAAAUAACUGUGUGCGAGACUCUUGUACUCUCUCACUUCAAUUAUGCAGAUGUUCUAUAUGGUCCAAAUUUGACAUUCAGACUGUUCAGAAUUCAUGUUUACGUCUGAUCUUUGGAGUGAGAAGAAAGCAAGCGAUUUCGUACACCUUAAAACUAGCUGGGUGGCUAAACAUGGAGUGUAGAAGGUUACUGCAUGUUUAUGUUUUGUUUCAUAAAAUAAUAACAACGAAAAAACCGCCUUAUUUAUAUAAUAAAAUAACAUACGGAACUGAUGUACACAACGUAAAUAUUAGGCAUAAGCAUGCCUUAACCCCUCCCCAGUUCAGAACUGAGUUUUUCAAGAGAUCGUUCAUAUUUGCAAAUUAUAUAAUGCUUUACCGUAUCAAAUUAAAUUCAAUAUAAUUUCAAACAUCAAAGACAGCAUAAAAAAUCAUCUCCUGCAAUAGAUUUUAUGAUUAGGAUGGUAGUAUAGAUCACCCAAGUUUAAUCAGUAGUUGCCCUUAUUCUUUAAUUAAUUUUUAACUUUACGUAUAUACAAAUAUAU